AUGUCUGCAAUGGCGGAUAGCAUCAAUACUGACCGCAAUGAUGGGCCGAUCGAUGAAGAAGGUGAAGGAACCAACGAAAGCAAUGUAUCCGACCAUCGUCGUUCUCCCUCUGUCCGAGACCCUGGUGCAACUGUUGAUACUCGAUCGCAAAGCUCGAAGUCUACGGACAUCGUGCCUGGGAGGAAACAUGCUCUUGAGAAGAUCCGUGCUCUUCUGGAUGAAUUUGAGCAUGGUAGCAAUAAAGAAAGUGAUGAAUGCCACCAAGAAGGUCAAGAAAAGGAGAAUAUCGAGCUUAUUCGCAAGGAUAGCGUUGAGAAACAAGUUGUCGACAACGAUAUUGACAAGCUGAGGGAUCUUCUGAAGGAGCUGAAGAGCUUGGGCACCGAAGAGUAUGUUGAUGAUGUAACCGAUCUCGCAUUCGAGGCUAGCCCAGGCCCCCCCGGGGUGAUCGAGACUCUCAUUGAAGCAGGAGCACUCGUUGACGAGGCUGAGGGGGGCGGAGAGCCUUUACUACACUUCGCCUGCCGCAACGGCCAUACAUCGACUGUGAAAAAAAUAAUAGAACGAAAACCGACAAGCGUUAAUCAGCCUUCGGCAGGUUGGGAGCUUACUCCCCUGCAUGUAGCUGCUUUGUAUGACAAAAAAGGCGUUAUCGAAACCCUGUUGAGCGCAGGCCCGGAAAUCAAUCCUCAAGACACGGAUGGAUGGACUCCACUGAUGGCCGCAACAAUUGAAGGAUAUGGGGACAUUAUGGAUGUUCUCCUCUCUCAGGAAGAGAUCAUAGUCGAUAUGCCGGAUCAUGACGGGCUCACGCCUUUGUUAGUGGCGACCAAGAGGAGGUUUCUUGAGGGCGUCGAUAAGUUGCUUGGUGCUGGUGCAGACUACAAUGGCGGUCCAGAUGGGGGCGAGAAAUGCCUGCACUGGGCUAUGUGGAGAUUCUCUCGCCCGAUUUUCGAUCGUUUCAUGGAAAUUGAUGAGGGACUCGCCAUUGAUAUUCAGGAUAGUGAGGGUAAGACAGCUUUGCAUUACGCAUGCGGGUCGCGUCACCAGGAGAUGGGCGAGCAGUUUACACCAGACGAGGACCCUGUCGAAACGAGCACCAAUGAAGAAACGACAGGGACCGAGAAGAAAACCAAUUUUACCGAGAUCAUCAAAAAGCUAAUAGAAAAAAGGGCUGAUCCAUGGAUGACAACCAAAAAAAAUAAGACAGCCCUGCAUUUUGCUCUCAAACACAGACGGUCGGACUGCAAGGAACUUCUCCUAAUAUUUUCCAUCAGGGCAGAACGUCUAGCGCCUGGCGACUGGGACGAAGAAAUCCUAAUACAUGCCGAAUUCAAGAACAGAAAAUCUGACAAAAAUGGGUACAUUCUCAGCCAUCUGAUGGGUAUACUGAGUAACGCCCCCAAAGAGUUGGAGGAAACUCUUCAAUGGGCAGUAGCGAGCCACAGCCGGCAUGAAUUUGCAAAAUAUCUCUUUUCCAAGGACUAUAAAGAGGACGAGGACGAAAGAAAAAGUUCCUGGAGCGCACUCAGAUGGGCUAUUUAUUACAGAAGACAAGAGCUGCUAUGGUGGCUUAUUGCAACCUCUCCUCGGAAUACUGUGAUGGAAGAACAAGUCAAGGCCGCUCGAGGGAUUAAAGAAAACGACGAGUGGGUUGUAACGAAAAGAGAAAAACUUAGGGAUGAUAUUUUCAAGACUGAAAAGGGAGCGAAGGAAGGUUCUAAGCAACCAGACGACAAGACGAUCUGGAGGGCUAUUCAAGACAUACUCGAGAAUCCACCACUCGCGCAGAUAUACAGAGACACCAAUACUCUGGAACCACCGGAGCUAAAUCUCAAAGGUGGAGGAAUACCAGUUGGAUUCAAAUCACUUAUAGUUCGUUUCUACAAGGGUAGAACUAAUUCCAAUGCUAUUCGGUUAUCACGAGAUGUGCAGCAAACUAUAUAUGGGGCUGGUGUGACCCGUAUAAUGAAGAAUGAAACCAAGAGACUCAAGGAUAUCCUCGAUAUUGGGAGAAAGGGGACACAACUGGAGAAGCUAUCACGAAAAUAUCAAACCAUGUACGAUGAUGAGAAACUCAAAUUUACUUGGAUUCAUCUUCCGGCUACAAACGUGAGUAUAGUUCUCUUCCUUCAGGAGACGCGUGCUAAGUUCGAUUAG